UUGUAUUUGUGAGAAUGGGAACUCGUAGAAUGAGAAGCGCAGAAGAAGAAAGAUCAUCUUCUUCAGACAGUGAUAAUGGCUCCUUCACCAAAACGGCGAAAACAGAAGGCGACACUGUUGCCGUUUCGUCUUCUUCAUCGCAUUACGAACAGAUUAGGGAACAGAGGAUGAAAGAGAACGCUGAGAGAAUGCAAAAGCUUGGAUUAUUGAACCUUUCUCUCAAGCUCAAGAAACCACCACGCACAAUCGUCAAGAGAAUCGCGUCACCGACUAAUCAAUCAGAGAGACGUUCUUCUAGAUUAAUGACUGUACCACCGGUUGACUAUUGUUUCAAGCUUCCUAGAGGGCAGGGUAAACAAAAUUCAGCAAGUAAGGAAAAGAAGGAAGUGGUGAUUUAUAUAACAGAAGGUACAAAGCCUGAAGUUUAUACUGAAGAGCAUGAGAAGCUUCUCGGAGAUUGCAAGACUGAUUGGGAAUUGUACGUCGAUGGAUAUGACGAGGAUGGGGACCGUAUAUAUGAUCCAACCAAGGGAGAGAAAUGUCAUCAAUGCAGGCGCACAACUGUUAGUCAGAUGACCAGUUGCAAUAAAUGUGAAUUACCCCAAGGGAUGCUUUGUGGAGAUUGCUUGUACACAAGAUAUGGAGAAAAUGUGACAGAAGCGGAUUUCAACCUCAAGUGGACUUGCCCUUGUUGUCGAGGAAUUUGCAACUGCAAUAUUUGCCGUAGGAAAAAUGGUUGGAUGCCUACCGGCAAUAUAUACAAUAAGGUGACAAAAUUGGGUUUCAAAUCUGUUGCUCAUUAUCUGAUUAAGACCCGUCGCCUUGAGAAAAACAUGGAAGGUUCAGAUGCUGAAAAUGUUGUUGCCCACGAACCACCAGAGACCUCUCCAGAUUCAACACUGAUUGGACCAACUCGGACCAGAAGGGCUUUUAGAAGGUGAUCAAAUGAAUGCAAAGUACAUCAAAGAACAGAAACAUGUCUCAAUGGCUUGUACUUUUAAAUGAAGAUGGUGAUACCAUGUUUUAGAUAUGUAGACAAGUUGUUAGUUUUCGUAAUUUUGUUAGAUAUGCGUACAAGCUUAGGCCAUUUAAAAUAGUUUGCAGCCCUAUACCAUAUUCUUGUGUGGUAGCUCUUAAUUUAAGCAUAAGGAACAUUACGGGCUGUGUGAAGAAAUUUAUACAUUUCUUUAAGAAAUGUAAUCUAUGUUGAAUUUGUUUUAACAGCUAGAAGCAACUUGUUUGAUACAAACAAGGUGAAAAAGAGACAAUUAGACAACUGACAAAAGAGGCUAAAACCUGUCUAACUUGAAUUUGCUUUUAUGCAUGUUUAUUGAAGAUACCAUUAAAGCCAAGUGACAAGACCUAACCCAAUGGUAAGGUUGAAUGAUUGGAGACCUAAAUUCUCUAGCUGUGUGCAUUCUCUUAUGAUGUCUAUGACCGUUUUCGGCCCUUGUUGACAACUUAGGCAUAUAUAUAUUGUCUUAAAAU